GCAAAGUGGUUAGCCAGAUAGGUAAAGCUCUUAAAAAAAAAAUCCCGGUAAAUAUCGGAGCACGCAGAACCAAUUAUCAGCGGAAAGUGGUUAGCCAGAGAGAGAGAGAGAAUGGCGACAUUUGUUGGAAACUUGUCGACGGUGGUUUUGCAGAGUCGACUGGCAAAUUCCAGGAAUCGUUUGAUCAAGCCCAGCACACCCAUUCUUAAGCGCCCUCUUCUCUUGGUUAACAAAAUUCGAGCUUCUUCAACUUCAACUCUCUCCGUCGAAACCAACUCCACUGAUACUGUUGUAGUAGAAAAUGAGGUCAGCUACAGCACCAAGAAGAACAACAUUUUAGCUUGUCCCAUUUGCUAUGACCCAAUGGCGUGGACCGGCGAGCUAGCCUUAUCUGUGGAGUCUGUCUCUGGGUCUAGUUUACAAUGUAGCACUUGUAGAAAGACUUACUUUGGGAUUGAGACGCAUCUUGAACUGACGGCGGCAAGCGGGGCCAAGAACUAUGGUGAACCUAUGCCCAUUGCCACAGAGCUUUUCAGGACCCAAUUGGUAUCAUUUCUCUACGAAAGGGGAUGGCGUCAAAGCUUCUCUGUAUGGGGUGGUUUCCCUGGCCCAGAAAAAGAGUUUGAACUGACUAAGAAAUUCUUAGAGCCAGUCUUUGGUGGAAAUAUUGUUGAUGCUAGUUGUGGGAGUGGAUUAUUCUCAAGACUAUUUGCCAAGAGUGGGCUCUUUUCACGUGUUGUCGCUCUCGACUACUCUGAGAACAUGUUGCGGCAGUGCUAUGAGUUUAUUAAUCAGGAAGAGAACUUUCCCAAAGAGAACAUAAUUCUGGUGAGAGCUGAUAUCUCUAGGCUUCCUUUUGUUUCAAGUUCCAUAGAUGCUGUUCAUGCUGGUGCCGCUCUACAUUGCUGGCCUUCACCAUCGGCAGCUGUUGCUGAAAUUAGUCGAGUUUUAAGACCUGGUGGAGUGUUUGUUGCAACUACCUACAUACUUGAUGGACCUUUCACUUUUGUCCCAUUCUUGAGGGAACUACGCCAGUACACAAGGCAAAUAUCAGGCAAUUAUAGCUUCCUAUCUGAACGUGAGUUAGAAGAUCUUUGCAAAGCUUGUGGACUAGUUGGUUUCACAUGUGUAAGGAAUGGAGCUUUUGUAAUGAUCUCUGCUACAAAACCCACUUGAGCAUCAUGCUUUGCCCUGUCAAAACUUUGGUUUUGGCCUCAAGGGCUUGCAUCUAAUUAAUAUGUAAUCUAUAACUCAAGUAAUACGUGUUCAAUUUGUACAUAUGAAAACUUGUAUAAGAUGCGAACAUAAUAAAAAGUGGCGGAUUCUGAUUUGUGAUUU